AUGGAAGGUGUAGAAGAGAAGGACCAGAAAAUGCUGGAGAAAUUGGAGGAAGAAGAGGAGGAGGGCGAGGAGGAAGAAGAACUUAGCUCCUUUAAUAUCAAUGAUGAACUCCAUGACUUGGAAGACAAACUGUCACAAAUCCAAGUCCAUAUUCCUGAAGUUGUCUACGCAUUUGACUGGAGUUCUGUCGACACCUCCGGUUUGCCAGCAUCCUACAGGACGAAUUCUCCCAAGGAGCAGUUGCUGCUGCAGGUGGUUGAGAAUUUCCGCCAGCAGUACGUGCACCUCUGCCCCGACCGGGAGCCGCUUUUCCUGCACCCGGUGAAUGAAUGCAGUGUGGAAAAAUUUGUGAGUACUACGGUACGCCCGACCUUGCUCCCUUACUCCGAAUUGUAUGACUGGGAUAGCUGUGCCCGUUUUGUGUCUGACUAUCUCACUAUGGAGCCCCUUCCGUCUCCUAUUGCACCGCCCAGUUACCUGUACUCCCCGACCACGAUCCUGCGGUACCAGAGAGGGAACUGCUUUGACUUCAGCAACCUCCUGUGCUCUCUGCUUAUUGGUGCGGGUUACGAUGCCUACUGCGUGAACGGCUACGCCACCCGGGAGAUAUGCAUGAUGGAUGAGACCAAGGAAGUGUGCCCGCUUUUGCAAAAGGAAGCAGAGGUCACGGUGGAAGCCAUAAAACAGAAGCCCAAGAAGUACGCCGUCAAGCCUCUGCGGGACCUGCAGAGCAAAUAUGAACUACAUCAGGCGGCCAAGGAGACAGCGAAAGAGCAGGAAGCUGAGGAGAAGAAGCGGAAAGAAGAGAAAGAAAAGAUUGUGGAAGCUGAGAAGCCCAUUCCAGAUUCUCUGUACGGCCUGCGGGUCCAUGCCUGGGUUCUGGUCCUUUCAGGCAAGCGUGAAGUGCCAGAGAGCUUCUAUAUCGACCCUUUUACAGGAAGAAGCUAUGACACCAAGGACGAACUUUUCCUUGGCAUCGAAAGUGUCUGGAACCACCGGAACUACUGGAUCAACAUGCAGGACUGUUGGAACGGCUGCAAGGAUCUCGAGUUUGACCUUGGUGACCCGGUGCGAUGGGAGUUCAUGCUGCUGGGCACCGACAAGCCCCUGCUGUUACUGCCAGAAAUGGAGGAGGAGGAUGAAAAUGACGACGAAGUGGAAGACUUGAUGAAGGAAGAGGAAUCCAAGGCCUUCGACAUGCCAGCAUCUUGGGUUGAACCAAUCCGAAUAACUUCAAAAGAAUUUGAGGUGCGGUGUCCCCAAGGCAAAAAGGAGAUUUUGUACAAGAAUGCCAAGCUGGAGAAAUGGGCACCUUACCUGAACAAAAACGGGCUGAUCAGCCGUCUCACUCUCUAUGAGGAUCCAGAUUAUUCCAAAAUGCUGGAGGUGAAGGAAUGGUUCAAGAACCGAGAAGACAUGAUGGAGAGACGAGAACUGAAGAAGCAAACAGACGUGACUACAGAAUACUUUGCCCCUGGACAUGUGCAAGGUCUCAAAGCACACACCUACAAGACAAUGGAGCCCGAGACAGAGCGCACCAUGGAGUUCUACAGCGAGACACGGGUGGACGGCCUUCAGAAACGAGUCGAAACGCCCACAGACAUGAUAGAAUAUUUUGAAGGGCGAUCAGAUUUCCUGCGGUACCGGCACACUGAGUUUGGCAAGCGAACAAAGAAACCGGCCAACAACACACAGGUCAACACAGAAUCCAAUGCCCGACCGAUUGUGAAAAUCACAGAGCGAUUCCACAGGAAUCCAGAGAAACCAGCAGAUCAAGAUGUGGCCGAGCGCAUCUUUUUGAUCUCAAAGGAAAAAAUCCUCUUGACCUAUCACUACAAGCAGAACUACAUCACUGCCUCAAAGAGGGAGUUCAACAAACGGUCAGACGUGGACAGCACUGGGAAUAAGAUCACCAUGACCCACGAUAUGUGCAUCAGCUAUAAGGCAGGAUUAAUGGAAAAAGACGAGAAGUUGUUUCAUCUGUACGAAAUGAUGCUGUGCUUAAUUGAAGAGGAGAAGCUGUCUAGGCACCAAGUCUGGGAGUCCGAGAUGGAGGUUCUGGACAUUCUGAGGAUUCGCGAGGAAGAAGUAGCAGCCAGCAAGUUGACUGUGUCCAUUUACGACACGGACAGGAAUGAGAAGAGCAGAGAACACAGAGAAUUAAUGGAACGCCUGCUGCAAGAGGAGCGCCAGCGGCAGGUGGAGCAGGAUCUGGACUACCUGGCCCCUUUCCUGGUCCAGAUGGGUGGCAUCGAGAAGAUGACCAAGUGGCUCGCCUUGCGCCUCAAGGAAGACUGCCUGAACGAUUUCAAGCACCACCUCGUCGACAAGGCCAACCUCAUCCAAGCCCGUUUCGAGAAGGAAACUCAGGAGCUUCAGAAGAAGCAGCAGUGGUACCAGCAGAACCAGCUCAACAUGACCUUGGAGGAUGAGGAUGCCUACUUAAGCUUCUGCUCUGAAGCCAUGUUCCGCAUUCGCAUCUUAGAGAAUCGCCUCAAUAGGCACAAGGAGAGAGCCCCACAGAAAUAUCUAGCACUGGAAGAAAAACUAUGCAAGGAUCCUCGCCUGGUCGAGUAUCUCAAGUUUUAUGCUUGA